AUGCAAACCAGGUCCAAGAGAGCGGCCAGAGCUGCUGUGCCGCUUCCAACUUCACCUCCACAACCCACAGUCAGACGAAAUCCACCCAGAGGAACUGGGCGGCGAAUUAAAGAGGCCGUUUUCAGAGCUCGAAACGCUGACGUUGGCGUUGAUUCUGGCUCGGAUUCUAAUUCUGACCCUGACUCUGACUCUGAAUCCAGCUCGGGGCCCAGCUCUCUUCUGAGCUCUCCCACAAAAUCUCCUUCACGCAUUCUUCUACCCGCUUCUUCGCCAGCAUCCCCUGAUCCUUAUCUUGUCCCUUCAUCUUCUCCGGGUUCAGCAACCGCAACGGCCGCUGCUCCUCAGCUUGCGCCUUCACUGCCAAGUCUCAACCCUUCUCCUGCACCACCACCAGGUCGUCAGAUUCCAAAAGGCUUAACGACUAUCCCACGCAAAGACUCCAUCAUCUGGGACCCGAUACCACGGCGAGGAGCUCCUCGGAACAUCAGUUUCAGUAGUCUGUUUUCCACCCCUAAGAGGGACCUGACUGACGACGAGGACUACGAGCAAACUCCAAGCUCACCGCCCAAAUCAGCAGCUGAGCUGCAGGCAGAGAAGAUGGCACAGCGCGAGAUUGAGCAGACAGAGGUCGAGAUGUGGCUAGAGGCUACUCCUGCCCUGGCCAGGGACGCAAAAAAUGUCAUCAGCCUGCUCCGGGAGACAAGCACACGACUUGCAUACAAACCGGUGCUCCAGAUGAAAAUCAAAGCGUUUGAGAUGUCUCGAAGCAUAUUCACGGGCCCUCAGCCCCCUUCCUUCCGUGCUGGCUCUCCCCCGGAAACCCGAAUCCCUUUUCUCAACUGGGACUGGGUGAACAAGAUAGAAGAUGAAGACAUGUUGGAUGUUGCCAAGAAAGCGGUCCCGCUCGCCGUCAAGAUGGCAAACAUCGCUACUGCUCUCCUCCACAUCAGAGCCAUUCAGGAGGAAGCAUACGACCCUGUUCCCUUUCUUGAGGCCACAGACAACCUCUUUCCGCAAUCUUUUGCCGCUGACGAGAGCAAGCACUUUCUUACUCUCUCUUUGGAGAUCCGCACUCAGAGAGCGAUUGAAAGCAUCGCCAAAUCACCCCAGGGUACAGAACUUCGCGGGAUGCUGGGCUUUGCCUUUUGCGUAAUGAAUACCAAAGAUGGCCCGAAUAAUUACAAUGCUCUCUUUGCUCACGGUCCAUAUAAACCUAUGGCCGGCCUUCCUAAGGAGCAGCUGCUGGACGUGUGCUCGGAAAGGGUUAAAGAUAUAUGGCAACUCAUGUCCGAAGGCGGCGAGAGACGGAUUAGAACUCCCGUUGACCUGCCUAGCGUCCGGGCCAAGUAUCCUCUUCCUUAUACGCUCGAGCUUCUCAAGAAAUGGCUCUUCAAUAGGUAUGCAUCAGUUUCACAGUUGUUGGAGAAGGCAGAGCAAGAGCAUAUGGCCAAGGAGAAGCAGAUGCUCUUGGAGCAGUGGCGUUCCGAGGAGGAGCUUCGAUUCCGCGAGGAACAUCAAGCUCGAAAUGAAGAAAGACGUCUCAGAGAAGAGGACCGGCGAGCUAGAGAGGAAGAGAAUCUUCGGGCCAGACAAGAAGCCCUGGAAAAGGAGCGGAAGGUCUGGGAGAGGGAGAAGCUCCUCAGGGCACGGCAGUCUGACGAAGGAAGGUCUCGAGAAAGAAGAGGUUGGGACAAACAGUCGCCGCCGCCAGCAGAUGAAGACAGUAUGUUCAUCUCCGACUCUCCUAGUGCUUCUCCCUGGAGCCUGGCUAGUUCCCAAGGGGAGUCGCAGCGGUCGCAGAUUCGACGGGGAGAAGAUGAUGACCCGCCCAGAGAGGAAUCGUUAUUUCAACGUGGCGAGGUGGCCGGCCUACUUCGUAAUGCAUCUCUUGCAGGAUCAUCCUCAGACCAUGCACGGCGAAAGCUUCCUGCUUCAAAGCCAUCACGCACGCGACCCCUUCAAGGCAGCCGCCGUCAGACCACCAAUGGCGACCAUGGCGAAGAAGAAGGUGAAGAGGAUCAAAGGAGAGACGACAACGAUGAUGAUGAUGAAUUCGAAACGGAUCAGCGACCACCUAAGAGGAGCAAGACAGUGAAUACCCAGUCUGCUUCAAAGCCUGGACCAAUCCAGCGACGAAAGGAGUUCAAAGAAGCCGUCGCUACUGCCGUCGCUCUUGGAGCUACCGCACCUCCAGCACCCGUGCUAGACUUUGCAGAGAUCGAGAGGCUCAAGGUCCAGGCUCGCGUCAACGCAAAGCUAAACAACCCACGUCUCCUCAAGAAGCGCCAAACCUGGAGCGAGCGUGACUCCAACACGUUGAUUGCACUCGUUGCCAGCCGCGCUGCCGGUUGGGCCGACAUGGAAAAGGAAGACAGUCACCGUUUUGAGCUGCCACGCAACGCCCAGGCCUACCGCGACAGGGCUCGCAAUAUGAAGGUAGAUUUCCUCAUAUCGGAUGCGGUACUGCCUCGCGGGUUCGAUUUAGUCACUUUUAGUAAGAAGGAAAUCGACCGCGUGCAGAAGCUGGGCAAGAAUCCUACCAGAACGGAGGCCGAUGUCGAUAGGAACGGCAGACCUACGAAUACGGCAUAUGUGCCUCCAGAGGUGAUCGAAGACGACGCAGAGGACGCAGAGGAUAGUUGA